AUGUGGACGUCAACCCGAGCGCAAUUGUCCUGGGAAGCAGAUUUCUCCUACGCCGAUCAAGACAUCUCGGACUGGAUCUCGGGUAGAAUAGUGGCUCUCGCGGGUCGAGCCGUAGAACUAAAAGCCGAAGCUGGAGCCGGGAAUAAUUUCAGACUUCAUUUCCUAUCGAUAGUCAUGGAGAUGGAGCAGGAGGUCAAGCAGAACAGAACAAGUAGGUACAGGGGCAGCACAUCUUGGACGGGCUUCUCAGUUCUCAAAAUCAGAGCGACGCCUACUCACCCAUCAUGCCUCAGGCUACCCUACCCGGCGUGCACAAUAGCGCGCUCAUUGUCGACGACAUCUCCAUCGGCCGCUGCUUUGCCUGCCUCUCCCAUCUUGAUCCACGCCACCUACGGCGCCUACAUUCAUUCAUGCUGGAAAGUCGAUGUGGUCUCUGGAACAUCAUAUUGUCCGCCAGCAGCAAGACUGCUCCGGCAUCUGAUCAGCUCACGCAACCUCACAAUAGCAAACAAUGCUGGCGCUUCAUGUCAGCCACGUCCACUUCUGCAUUUCCCUGCUAUUGUGCUUCUAUCCUCUCCAACACCUCCCAUCUCAAGAAUUGCCAUUGUGCUGCAAACCGCUAUUGACUUCUGGGAAUCUCCUAUUUGUCAAACCUCACCUCAUCAGCCACUCGAAGAGAGACACCACCACCGCCUCACUCAAGCACAACUCGAGCAGCAGCAACCUUCCGCGCCACCCACAUCCAACCCAGACACCGACAUCAAGCCUUCGCUGGUCGAAGCAAUGUUGUCUUUCGCGGAGGUCAAGACGACCUUCUUCACCGUCGCCCGCCUCGUCGUCCUGCUCCUGGCCUUGGCCAAUAUGGAGAUCUCGCGCGCCAAAAUCGAGCGCAUGCUCAGCACCAUCGGCUUCGGCUUCGUCCUCGUCUGCUCCGCUCUCGCCUCCCUCCUGGUUUUCUCCCUUCUCUGCGCUCUCGGCGGCAUCAUCAAAGCCAAGUUCGACGCCCGAAACGACGAGUACUAUCGAAAGAUAUAUUCACCCAUCCAAGCCCGCAACCAAGAGCACCUCCGCCGCGUGAAAGAGGCCGUCAAACGCCGCUACGAGAGCAAGCUUUCUGCCAAGACUGUCCCAUACCCGGUUCUUGAGCACCUCCCAGCACCACCAACGGCCCUCGACAUCGAGCAGAAGAGACGCGAGCACGAGAACUGGGAGCGCAAGCACCGUCUCGUCCCAGAGACACCCGCCUUCAUCCCGCUGCGCCCUCUCUUCGCCGCUCCUCUCCCGGUCCAGCCGCUCCGCCCUCUCACUCGCCCGCAGCCAACGCCUCUCCCACCGGCCAUUUUCGCACCCAUCUGCCGCGCGAGCAUCACCGGCACCACCAUCACCUUCCGUCACCUCGCCGCUCCCGUCACCGUCGCUCCUCUCUUCCAGCAGGUCACAACCACCGACCUCGCACCCACCACCACCAUGCCGCCACCAGAGAUCAGAAGCGCCGCUCAAGUGAGCGUGCCGUCCGCUCCCGAGGUCCCAUCCACCGACCUCAACUCCACCACCACCACCACGGCACCACCAGAGAUGAGAAGCGCCACGCAGGUGAGCCCUCCUGCCGCCGCUCCCUCUUCUUCCGCUGAGCCCUGCCCCCGCCAUCCAAACGGCGGCGAGCACGCCACCAAAUCCGAGUGCGCAUUCUGCGCCAGUGAGGCGUUGUUUAUGGAUAGCUUCGAGAAAUGA